CCUCUAUUGAGUUGUCAACUAAAACUAGAUAUUUUUUCCCCCUAUUGCAUUAGGAAUCUUUAGACUUUUUGAAGCAAAUAGCUUUAUGACAUCGUUAAUGAAGUAACACCCAUUGAGAUGUGAACAUUGGUUAUUAAACUUUUCACUAGAGCAUUGGUCAACAAAAGCCUCCCUCUCCUCUCUAUAUAUUUGUGUAGACAAACAAGAGAAAAACAUCAUUUCAAGUUCAAACUAAAAAAGAGAGAGAUGAUGAGAAUCAUGGUAGCAUUACUUCUAGCAAUUGUGGUCAUGAACAUGGCCUCAUUAGGCCAUGCCCUCCCAGACGACCAAAGUCCGGCCGCCGUAGAAAAAUGGUUUACACAGUAUUCCAAUGCAGUGCCCAAGUUAACCAAACUCCAUUUCUACCUCCACAACAUCGUCAGCAAGAAUCCUCCGGCAAGCGUCGCAAUCGCUCGCGCAGACUCCACCGCCACGUCGCCUACGAAAUUCGGCCUAGUCACCGUACUAGACGGUCCACUAGCUGACCAACCAAACUCACCGGAAGUCAUUGGUUAUGCACAAGGUCUCUUUACUUUGUCCUCACAGGAAGAAUUGAGUACCCUUAUGACUAUUAAUUUCGUGUUUACCGCCGGCGAGUUUAAAGGUAGCACUCUCAGUAUCUUGGGGCGUAACGUGGUGGUUGCCCCGGUCAGGGAGUUCCCGAUAGUUGGUGGUACCGGUGAUUUCCGGAUGGCACGAGGAAUCGGCACGGCUACAACUAACUAUGUUAAUUCCACCACCGGAGAUGAUAUUCUCGACAUCCAUUUCGUAUUCUACCGUUUCGUUCUUCCCGGCGCCGACUCUGAUUCCGAGCAUAAAGAUGAAUUAUAAUUAACGUUUGAUGCCAUGUCUAGUUCUGCUUCGUAGUUUUGCCGUUUGUCUUUUGAUAUAUGUUCCUUUCUAGUUCAUCCCUGUAACGUUUUUGUACUGCUUGUGAAAUCCAUUUGCGAAAUCAAUAAAGUCGUAGUUUGCCUAUUGGGCGCCGGUCUCCUCACAAAACGAGAACUUUCAAAUUAAAGGAUCGGAAAAAUGAGUUAUUCCACUGCUACUGAGGAUCAAAUUGCAAAAACUUCAGCUGUCAGAUAUCUCUACUAAGGAAAAAUCCGGUUGGCCGGAGGUCGAUCGAGCCCCUGCCCCCCCUUAUAUCCAUCCAUGGCUGGUUGUUUAAUUUGUGAUUUCUAGUCAACAUAUACCAAACUUUAAAUUAUUUCUUUCAAUAGACUUGAAUGUAUUCCUUUCAGAUCAG